AUGAUUGGGUACUGGAGGGAUGACGUUAAGACCCGGGAGGUCAUUGAUGAAUGUGGUUGGUAUAGAACAGGCCAAGGUUAUAUGAAAAUCAUUGGCCGAAUAAAGGAUAUCAUAGUGAGGGCGGGUGAAAAUAUAUACCCCCAGGAGGUGGAGGAUGUUUUGGACAAAAAUCCAGCCAUUUUAAAAGCUUAUGUAUGCGGAGUUCCUGACGAUAGGAUGGGCGAAGAGGUGUGCGCGUGGAUUAAGCUCAACGAUAACCCGGGUGAUAAACUUAAUGAUCAGGAGGUGAAACAGUAUUGCAAACAACGGAUGGCAAAAUACAAAGUGCCCAGGUACAUCAUGUUCGUGGGGCAGUUCCCGUGCACUCCGGCCGGUAAAGUGAAAAAGUAUUCGAUGAGCGAACAGUCGUGCCUUAUGUUGGGUCUCACGGAUGUCAACAACAAUUUGGAGGUCCUUUAAAUUGAUGAUUGGGGUGCACUUGCUUACAUGAUAUUUACAUAUAUUUAGUGAACAACU